UAUUAGAUGUGCCAAUGUGUAUGUGUUCUCCGUGGUGCCCCCCUCCUUCCCGCGGUGGUGGAAUUACCGAAAGAGGGGACGGACACUGAAGCAGUCACCGCUGCCCCUGCCGCUGCUGCUGCUGCCAUUGAGUCGCUUCUUCCUCUCACUGUAGUUCUGUCAGCAAAGAACAUGGAUUCAUCUGAAGUGGAAUUUGGGGCAUCAACAGCAGAUGAUGCUGCUGAGUCUCCAGUGGCAGUGGAAGAAUCAUUCUUCAGUAUGCUGGACAUCUUUCUGUUCUCCCUUAUUGCUGGGUUUGCAAUCUACUGGUUUUUCUUCAGAAAGAAAAAAGUGGAUAUCCCAGAUUACAGAACAAUCCAGCCACAGGUACCAACAAUACAGGAAACCAGUUUUAUUGAAAAGAUGAAGAAAACAGGAAAAAACAUAGUUGUGUUUUACGGCUCUCAAACAGGAACUGCGGAAGAGUUUGCAAACAGGCUGUCAAAGGAUGCCCAGCGGUAUGGGAUGCGAGGAAUGGCUACUGAUCCAGAGGAAUAUGAUAUGUCUGAACUAAAUCGACUUACAGAAAUAGAGAACUCCCUGGCAAUUUUUUGCAUGGCUACAUAUGGUGAGGGUGAUCCCACUGACAAUGCACAAGACUUCUAUGACUGGAUGCAAGAGACUGAUAUCGAUCUAUCUGGUGUGAAGUAUGCAGUCUUUGGACUUGGAAAUAAAACUUAUGAACACUUUAAUGCGAUGGGCAAGUAUGUAAACAAGAGACUGGAACAGCUGGGAGCAGAAAGGAUUUUUGACCUCGGUCUGGGAGAUGAUGAUGGCAACUUGGAGGAGGAUUUCAUCAUGUGGCGUGAGCAAUUCUGGCCAGCAGUGUGUGAGCAUUUUGGAGUGGAAGCCACUGGUGAUGAUUCCAGCAUCCGUCAAUAUGAGCUAGAGGUGCAUAACGACAUUAAGAUGAAUAAAGUCUAUACUGGAGAGAUGGGACGUCUGAAAGCUUAUGAAACUCAGAAACCGCCCUAUGAUGCAAAGAAUCCAUUUUUGGCAACUGUAACCGUUAACCGGAAACUGAACAAAGGAGGAGAGCGGCACCUCAUGCACCUCGAGCUGAACAUCACUGGUUCAAAGAUUAGGUAUGAAAGUGGAGAUCACGUGGCUGUGUUCCCUGUGAAUGAUUCGACGAUCGUUAGUGAGAUUGGCAAAAUAUUAAACACAGACCUAGAUGUAAUAUUUUCCUUAAAAAAUCUUGAUGAGGAGUCCAAUAAGAAGCACCCAUUCCCCUGUCCAACUACGUACCGAACAGCUUUGUCACAUUAUCUAGAUAUCACCAAUCCUCCACGCACUAAUGUUCUCUAUGAACUGGCCCAGUAUGCAACGGAUCCCAAAGAGCAAGAAUUUCUUCGAAAAAUGGCUUCAUCCUCCCCUGAAGGAAAGUCACAAUACCUCAAGUGGGUAGUGGAAGACAGGAGGAACAUUCUGGCCAUCUUACAAGAUUUGCAGUCCCUCCGCCCACCUAUCGAUCAUUUGUGUGAGCUGUUGCCACGGUUACAGGCUCGUUAUUAUUCUAUUGCUUCAUCUUCAAAGGUUCAUCCUGAUUCCAUUCAUAUUUGUGCAGUUGUGGUGGAAUAUAUGUCUAAAGCAGGUCGCAUCAACAGGGGUGUAGCAACAAGCUGGCUGCGUGACAAAAUCCCAACUGAUAAUGAUCACAAACCGACUGUCCCAAUGUACGUGCGGAAGUCUCAGUUCAGGCUGCCUUACAAACCCAGCACACCAGUCCUCAUGAUUGGACCUGGCACUGGCAUCGCUCCCUUUGUUGGGUUUAUUCAGGAACGGGCAUGGCUGAAGCAGCAAGGGAAGGAAGUUGGAGAGACUGUGUUGUACUACGGCUGUCGUUAUCAGAAUGAGGAUUAUUUAUAUCAGGAAGAGCUGGAGCAGUAUCAGAAGGACAGUGUCCUUACUCAGCUUAAUGUAGCAUUCUCCAGAGACCAGGCAGAGAAGGUUUAUGUCCAACAUUUGCUGAAGAAAAAUAAAGAACAUGUGUGGAACCUAAUCCAGAAGGAGGGUGCCCAUAUCUACAUCUGUGGUGAUGCAAAGAACAUGGCAAGGGAUGUCCAAAAUAUGUUCUACAGCAUUGUUGCUGAACUGGGAGAAAUGACACAUGAACAGGCUGUUGAUUAUGUGAAGAAACUGAUGACGAAAGGCCGUUACUCUUCCGACGUCUGGAGUUAAACUGGAAGUUGGGGCUAGUAAGCUUCCAGUGAUGUAUUAUGCACCUAUCUGUUCAUUGAUGGGUGAAUUAAUUAUCAGCGUCUCCCAGCUGAUGACCUCCACCAGUCAAUGCAAGAGAUUUGUAGAAUUAAACAACUGGGCCGAAGGGCCUGUUUCCACACUGUAGGGAAUCUGAUCUAAUCUAUUCUAAGGCAAUGAUUCUUUUUAUAUGGGGGGGGGGGUUGGAAAGACUCAAAUGUCCUUUAACUGUUUAUGGGAAAUAACUUUGCUUUAUUUUAAAUACUCUACCCCAGAAAUGAUAUUAAAAUUUUACUUUAGAAACUUUCCAUUGCUGCCUUUUUAAAAUCUCAGUAGCCUUUUCCAGAAGAAUCCUUUAUGAUAGUUACCUAAAAGGUCAGUUGUAGCACACCAAAUCGCUGAACUUCUACCCAGCACCUAUUAUUUAUCUUUGUACCUUUUUAAACAUCAAUUCUAUUUCAGGAAAAUGUUGGGUUGGAAUUUUGAGAACAACACCAUCUUUUACAUGGAACAAUUGUGUGACCUGAUCAGUUUUUUUUUUGGUGGAACUCUCAAUUGCUGCCUUGACAUCUUUUUGAUUCACAAAGCCUCAACCUUUGAGAGGAAAGUGUGGUGGGUGAAUGCUGGGUGACUGGUGUGGGUGAAGGUGUUGGGAAUGCAUUGAACUCUGAGCCUUCUGCAUUCAUUGAGUUCAGAAUGCAUGUAACCUAAUAGUCUGCAAAACUUUUUAACACUCAAACUUUAAAAAAAAUCCUGUAUCUGUAAGAUGUUAAAAUACACUGUACUUUGCUCUGGUGAUUUUAUAUCUAACUUCUAACUUACAGACAGGGAUAUAAAAUUGUUGUCUCUGAUGAACCGUUCACUGUUGAGUCUUCUGUGACUUGAUAAGAAUUUGGAAUUCUGUCAUAUUGGCUUAACUUUUUUAUGAAGGAAAGUCUGCACCAAAAGCGAUGUGUGAGUGAUCUGAAAUUUAAACUGGAGCCCCUGUAUCUGGGAAUGUACUUAUAGCCACCUUUUGACACGGAUUGGCUGUUGUGAAUCUCUAAAUAUUAGACUGCACUGUCAGCUUGACGUGCUGCAGUGUGAAUAAAAUGGUGAUUGUGAGGCUGCAUCAUUCUAUUAACAGAAGUUUGCAUUCAGCAUCAUGGCACUGAAACAGACUUUGUUUUCACCUCUCCAUCUCCUCAGGUCACAGAAAAUAAAAUUGUUGGCAAGCCACAGCUACAUCUCAAAUUUUGUGUUUUGGUAAACUUCUACACCUGUAAUCGGCUAAAGCUGCUGCCAGAUCAGUGUGUUUUCAAAAUACAUUUUAUUGUUAUAUUGUUGCUCAUACCUGGUACAUAAUAGAACAUUGGUGAGCGCACAAGAAAGACAAUGACGCUAAAAGUUUUUAUUGCACUGUGGAGUCUUUUUAGACAGUUUGUUUUUAACAACUGCAGCCCAAAGCGCACUGAUGAUGAAAAUAUCCUAUUUUAACAUCACCUUUUCCCCUUGUUAUCAGCAGCGGAGGGUCAGAUAGGUGACCUGCCACUGAACAUCCACAAGUAUCAUUCGUGAACCAAUCAUUGGGAUAUCUGAGACAUUGACAGAACUGUUUUUCUCUUUGCUGUCUCAUUGAAAAAUAUCUCACCAUUGAUCAGCUCUUCCACUGAGUCUGAAUUUGCAUUAAUAUAUUACAUGUUGUCCUGUUGGUCUAUUGUGGCGAGGAGGUGACCUUCAAAAAUCUUUCCAGUCUUAUGCAUAAACCCCGACCCCAAUAAGAUCUCAUUAGGUCCAAAAGGAAAUAAAUCCUCGAGUGACUGAUUUUGGAGCCUUUUAAAGCUACGAAUGAUGUUAAUUUAACCUGAAAGUGUAACUGGUAUUUCAGGCAGCAGAUGAAAUCACUGGGAAAUGAAAAUUCUGAAGAUAACUAGAGACUGAAAUGGUAAUUGUCAGUCUUUAAUCCUGUAAUUCACAUAGCAAUGACUCAAAAUCACUGUAUAACUGAUCAAAUAGGGAUUUUACAACAAAAUUAUGAUGUCUGUCAUCAGAAGUAAGCACUUUCUUUCAAUGUUUUAGGAUCAAUGGAAUUGCAUUUGCAAUUUUCCAAUGUAACCGUGACCCCUCAGUCAGUGAUAUUUCCCCCCGAAAUUCUUUCUGCUAUGUGUGGCCAGAAUAUUGCAUUACACAGUCCCUUUUAGAAUUGAUGCAUGGCGACACCCAUCUUAAAGGGAUUGUUGUUUCCAUGUUGCCUGUCUGCUCCCUGCACAGCAUAUUUCUGAAUCUUGUGUGGCUGGUUAACCUAGUUAGGAAGAUUGAUUAGCUUUUUAACUUCUAAACAUCCCCCAUUUUGUUCCAGCUGAGCACCUUAUCAUUCCCUGCUAGCCUGCUUUUUAAAAAAGAUAAAUCACUACAUGCAGACUUAAGUCAUUGCUUAGUGACUAAGAGGAUUCAUGCUGCUUUUGUAGGUGGUUUUUUUUUUGUUCAUGGGAUGUGGGUGUCGCUGGCUAGACCACCAUUUCUCCCCCAAACCUAAUUGCUCAGAGGGCAGUUAAGAGUCGGCCGUGUUGCUGUGGGUCUGGAGUCGCAUGUAGGCCAGACCAAGUAGGAAUGGCAGAUUUCUUUCCCUAAAGGAUAUCAGUGAACCAGAUGGAUUUUGAAUAAACAGCAAGUAUUUGGCAUUGUCUUGUGAUUUGCAUUAAAGAUCUAUACUAGCAAUUCGUUAGAUAUCUGGAAAUACAUUCAGAUUCUGCCCAAACUGCUGAGAGAGGAAUGUUUCAAAUUUAAUAGCUAUUUAGGUAUAAAAUGGUCAAUAAAAGGUUAUCUGCUUGUAAAAAGAAAUGGAAAGGGAAAGUGCAAUUUUUUAAAAACCUGUGGCUUUUGUCUAUUUACAGGCAACACAUACUAAACGUUAAAGUUUUAUUUUGAAAGGAGAAAAGGACCAACUUUUUCAAAAACACAAGUAGUAGUGGAUGUAGUCACACUGACCAGUUUCAUUGUGGGCAUGGCAACUGAACAAGCCCAGAAAUAAAAGUGUCAGCCAAGUUCUGAGAUGAUAUUUCAGUUUAAGCAAAUUGAAUUUGCAAAGAGAGCAGAUUUCAUCAUUGUUUAAAGUAGCUGGCAUGACAGUGUAAGAGCAAAAGUCUGUCUUUUUACACAACAGACUAGCCCAGGUGAAGUUAUCCUGCCUGCACAUUGAAGAGACUGGGCUUCUUAGUGACUAGUAAGAGUCCACAGGAAUGUAGAAAGAUGCAUUAGGGACUGGAAAUCAGCAACAGACCCAGGAUAAUUCGUGACAAGAUUUUAUCCUAUUUAAAAGCUCUUUAAAGUCAAGUUAGUAUUCUCUUUACAAAAGGACAAAAAGCCAAGUUAUUGAAACUUGUAAGCAUUUGGAUGUAUCAGGAGAAGUAAACCCACUUGAUCUGGGCACGUUAGCAGGGAAAUAUCUCUAGACAGUUGGAGGGAAAGUUGGGAAAAUGCCUCCUGCCAGUGAAAAGGUUUGUCAAAGUAUGGGAUGGGGCAUAUCUGUCAUACUUGAAAAAUGAUCAACAGGAAGACUUUUGUCUUGACUGUAAAACAAACUGUAGGAUAUAGCAGGAAUGCAAUGCAUUUCAAAGCCCUGUGACCUUAACUGCAUAGCCUCUUCAUUACUCACUGCGGCACAAGUUGUAGAUAACCUACUCAGCUUAAGUUGAAGUAUGGAUACAUUCAUAUAUUUGUUAUAAACUUUUGCAUUUGAGUUGGUUAGAUUUAUUCCUCUGCCUUAAUUUGAAAAAUGCAAAUUGUAACAACCCAGUGAGUAUUCAUUACUAGAGUAUCAGAGUUGACAAAAUCUGUUUAAAUUAAACCAAAACCAGGAGGGCCUGCCAGUCCAUGCACUCGAUGGAUUAUCAGACUUGGGCUAUGUGCACCCUGCAGUUCAACCCUGGUGCUUCUGUGUGUACUUAGUUUUGUACAUCCAAUGAUUAGGAAAGGACUGCUUUUCAAACCACUGCCAUCAAAUCAGCAGCCAAGAUAUUGAUAAAUAAAUGAGAGCUGAGAUAUAAACUUUACAUAACAGCCAUGAGGGUAGUGAAAAGCUGAAGGAAGGGCAUCUCAAACCUUUUACCAUCUAGAUUAAAAGGGGAGUUGAUACAAGACCGCCGGCUUGACUAGCUGUACUUGGUAUUGCAACAAAAACAAGUCACACUGAAAAAUAAUGAGUGUUUACUGAGGCUGUAAGUUCUUUACCUCCUUUAAAUUGGAUGCACAUCUCCAUCUCUUCAUAUACUAGUUUGCUGUAAAGCAAAUGCCAGGUAUGCUGCUGACGCUGGCUGACUUCACUCCGUGUUCCCUGUGAAAGGGCCAUGGCUAGUUGCUCAGUUGAUGUAUUUUCUGCAAUCCAGUGCAAUUCAAAUACAAAGGUACCAAUUGGAUUGACAGGGUGAAUGUGCCUGAUGUAUGUGACAUAACUGUUCCUUCUGCUAAUUGAAAGUCAUUACUAACUGAAAGGUCUGGGGAAUCUGCACAAGGUCAGACUGCUUCCUAAUUUCUACCUACUUAACAGCGUUCCGUUGUGAAUGCUAUAUGCCUGUUAAGUGUGCUGCCAUGUCAAAGAUGUAUAUAUGUCAAAUGCACUGUUGUCUCAGUUGCUCUGUAGGUAAUGUGAAAUUCUCAAUUGCAUUAAUUUUUCUGUAGGAAGAUUCUAAUUCAUGUAAAUUGCAAUGUUAUACAAUGAGAGGGAACAAUGGCUUGAGAUUAUACAGGUGAGCCCAUCUCAAAUUUUCUAACCUGUUGCAGGGACUACUUUGUGAUCUGUUUCCCUGAUUCAGUUUUCACUUGUCUAGUUCUGAAUAGCCUAACAGUAUCUUGUUCAAUGUCUUUACAUCUAUCAUGUAAUGUGUCUCUGAAAACAUUAAAAGAAUUACAGAAAUCCAAA